AUGGUCUUGGGCCUCUUAUCCAUAGCCUCCAUACCCACGGUAACAGGCACAGCAAUCGCCGUCAGCGAACAGCGCAAAGCGAACGAGCGCAAAAACGACGCGCGACGCAUGGCUAAGUUCUAUAUCGAUGCUGAAUGUAUUGGUGACACGCAGGAGGAUGCUGAAGUACAUGGGAGGAGGGUUGUAUUAAGGGAUAAUAAGGUUUAUUUAGAUGAUGCGCAAUCUUCGACGUCGCAAUCGCAAUCGCAUACAGCAGAAUGUUUCUACGUCGAAUACCCCGAGACCGAAGAAACGAAGCAUCGAAAACGAGGGCUGGGCCUUGUGACUACCAUCUCCAGUAAUCCACCAGCGCUAGGCUGGAUCUACGUUGACCAGGACACACAUGAACUCAAAUACGGGAACCGCUCGCAGAGCAUCGAUCACGUUGUUGGGCCGUGGGAUUGGAUAGAUGAUGAGAAGACAGUGAUGCUGGAGGAUAAGAAGUGUUCGUUUGUGGCUGUCGAGGAGGAAGAUGGAUCUGGGUGGGGAGUGUAUUUUGAUAGAGAUGGGGAUGAGUUGGAGGGUGUUUUAGAGGAGCAAGGGAAGUUGGAUAAUGCGUUUACGCCGGUAGUGUUGAGGAGGAGGUUGGUUGAAUAG